AUGUCACAAACACAAGUUUCCACGUCCAUCCAGGCUGCAAAACGAUAUGCGGAACUCUCUCAACAGUUAUCCCUUGCAAAUCCCGAUGCGCUUGACAAUGAUACUGGAGUCGCAGUACAGGCCAAGUUCAUUACACCUCUUGAUCCAGUAAUCGAGACUGCGGACGGGAACAGGUUACCUGCCGUACCUGUUGAAGAAGCUCAUAAAAUUAACGCGCUCAAAAGCAAGGCAGAUGGCCAAGAAGAGUCCCUGAUCAAAUGCACGUCGCAGGAGAAGGAGAAGGAAAAGUCCCGUUUGUCGCUUUUGGAGAAAGAUGUAUCUGCGCCCGACGAUAGCCUCGACCUGGCACUUCCACCAGUAACCAGUCAUCCGCUCUUUCCACCACUACCUUUGUACGGACCGCCAAGUCUGCUUCGCAACGCUCAUUGCUUGUUCUUCCGAAUCACCUCGUUCUUCUUGUCUACAGGCUUUCUGCUUGUGAUCGUGCUAGGAGCGCUCUUUACGUCAAUACCGACAGUCUGUGAUAGAGUCUGGUUUUGGCUUACUUUUCGGGAUCCUGAUAGGACGCGACCAUUCUACGAGGAAGAACACCGGCGCGCUGCCGCUCGACAAAGAGAGGCGCAGAAAUGGCAACAAUCAAACAAAAGAUCAAAGACACAGCACCAAUACCGAGAAAAGCCAGAUACUCUCAACAACGUGUCACAAGACAAAUUCGUACCUUUGGAAGGCGGUCCUGACAAACUCGUUUGCGACGCGCGCUAUUAUGCGCGAAGAGUUGGAUUGGAAAUGGAAAAGUUCAAAGUGCAGACAGAAGAUGGGUUCAUAAUAGAUCUGUGGCAUUUGUACGACCCCAAUAAGCAGCAGCCACAUUCUGAAAAUGAAAAAGGCGAUAAAGGACCUAACAUUUUCCAAAAUGGGCUUCAGAACGGAGAGAACACUCCUCCGCAAAGCAAGCGCUACCCAGUCCUUCUCAUACACGGUCUCCUUCAGUCCGCCGGAGCAUACUGCUGCAACGACGACGACAGUUUAGCAUUCUACCUCCACAAGGCCGGCUACGACGUUUGGCUAGGCAAUAACCGUGCAGGCUUCCGACCUCAACACACACUGCUGAACUAUUCAGAUCCCCGAAUGUGGUCAUGGAACAUCCGCCAAAUGGGAGUCAUGGACUUACCAGCAUUCAUUUCUAGAGUCCUUUCCGAAACCGGUUUCCACAAACUCGGUCUCGUAGCCCACUCACAAGGCACAACGCAAACGUUCGUCGCCCUCGCAAAAGGCCAGAGACCCGGUCUAGGCGAAAAAAUCAGCGUAUUCUGUGCACUCGCUCCAGCCGUCUACGCUGGCCCUUUGAUAGGGAAAAUGUACUUCAAGUUCAUGAAAGUCAUCUCCCCCGCCAUGUUCAGAAUCUUCUUUGGCAUUCACGCCUUUAUCCCACUCAUGAUGGUCAUGCACGGCUUACUCCCCGCAAAACUUUACGGAUGGAUGGGCUAUCUCGUCUUCGGCUUCCUGUUUAACUGGACAGAUCGCCGCUGGGACAAAGGGAUACGAGAUCGAUUCUUCCAGUUUGCGCCUGUGUACGUGAGCUCAGAGUCUAUGCGGUGGUGGUUGGGGAGGGAGUGUUUCGCGAAACAUAAAUGUAUUUUAUCGACGAAGGAGGAGGAUGUUCAGGAAGACAGUAGUAGGGAUUCGUCCGCGAAGAGCAGUGGUCCGUUGGGGACUACGAAGGAGACGGGGCAGGAGAAAGGGACGCCGUGGUAUGAUGAGCGGGCGCCGCCGUUCGCAAUGUGGAUUGCGGGCAGUGAUGGUCUUGUUGAUGGGAGGCGAUUACUUGAUCGGUUUGAGCAGGGUCGCGAACCACAUGUUAAUGUUGUGCGGUCGAAAGUCAUUGAGGAAUACGAGCAUCUUGACGUGUUGUGGGCGAUUGACUCGAUUGAAAAGGUUGGCAGUGAGGUCAAGCAGGUUAUUUGGCAGACGAUGAGCAAGGAAGAUAGACAGAGGUGUCAGUCAAUAGACGGUGUAACAGAUACACCGAUAUAG